AUGCCACAUGACGACUUCGAGCUCGCUAGUGUGAAGAACAUCUGCAACUUCCUUUUGGAAGAACCGAUGUUUUUCUUGGUGUUGUGUGGUCCUGAAAGCGUGGCCAAAUGGCUGCACAAGAUGGACACAGGCAUGUCCGAGGAGCAGGUCCGGAAGAAGGUUGCGCCUUGUCUGAAAGAGUUGCGCAAGCGCGCAGAUGUGGACUUUCUAGAGCACAGGCAUCUCGCAGAAGAUGAUAACCUUGAUCCACUCGACAAGCUUGUUCAGACUUGGGUGAGAUACUCCAUCGACAGGCGACCGAAAGCGUCAAGAGCUUCCGCAUCGCUGCCUACACCGGCACCAGUCCAGGACGAUGCAACCAUGGCAGAUGCUCUCAACGAGGUCGACGAUGAGGAUGAUGAAGUCAUCAUGGAUCCACCCAUUGUCCCAGAGGAUCCCCCAGCGAACUACAGCAACGGCUUCUGGAAGCUUCUUAUCGAGGCCAAAUUGAUACUGAGUGCUUCUGAAUUUGCCAGUGUCCAUUCCAAGUUAGAGGACAUCCUCAGAUCCGCCAUUCUCAAGCGUAAGAGACUCAUCGCAGAGGAUGGUGAUGAGACAGACCACGAAGAGACUAUCGAGCAGAGGAAAGCUCGCAAGAAGGCUCGCAAGGAAGUAAAGAAGGCAGAGGAGGCGGCCGAAGACAAGACAAUCCGCAAGGCUGCUAAGAAGGCCAUAAGAGACCAAGAGACUUUCUAA